CUUUGCAUUCAAAUCAGUUUUACUCCGCUGGAGGUAAAUUCCGCAUCUCCCUGGCUCUCCUAGUCGGGGCAAACUUGUUUGUUAUUGCUGUCCAUGGCAUCAAGGGUCGCCUCAACAGGCUGCCAGCAGCUGGCAUUGGGGACAUGUUUGUGGCCACCGUCAAAAAAGGAAAACCAGAACUCCGCAAAAAAGUAAUGCCAGCAGUGGUCAUACGUCAGAGGAAACCAUUACGAAGAAAAGACGGGCUGUUCCUUUACUUUGAGGACAAUGCCGGGGUGAUAGUUAACCCUAAAGGGGAGAUGAAGGGAUCAGCUAUCACGGGGCCUGUUGCUAAAGAAUGUGCUGACCUCUGGCCUCGAAUUGCCUCCAACGCAAGUUCCAUUGCUUAG